AUGACCCUCGAGGUCUAUACGACUUAUGUCAAAACUUUUGCAGCGGAGUACUGCAAUGAUACCGCUGACAAUAUAUUGCCGUUCAGUCAUUCUGUAUGCGGCGGCGCCGAAGGACCAACUCCAAUACAGCCACUUCCACCCACACUAGCCAGGUCUUCUUUUGUUGCUCUCUCGGGUGCAGAUGAUAAAUUCACCUCUAUAUCCGACCUAGCAGACUCUGUCCGCACCGGAAUAUUCCUUGAAAGUGCAGCUGUGCCUUACUUGGAUACCAGCGAAAUGACUCCUCUCAACUCGUACCUUCUCGACUUUUACCGCCACGGAGAGAUUAUAACACUCAUUAGAAAGAACGCCGUUCGACGUAGUGACAUCUGGUUUAUGCUCAACGAUUUCAGUCUUGUCCUUGAUACCAUCAUCACCAGCCUCAGCAACUUUAUAGCUUGCGUGGACGAUGACGACGCUGCUGAUGCCGCUGGCUUGGGUGACGUUGAGGAUUUCGUGGUCAAAAAAAGGUCCUCUGAUAUGAAUCUCGAGGGAGAUAGUAGUGACGACUCGGGGGACGAGGAUUAUGUGGAUAGAUUUGAAACGAUGAAUCUGAGGAAGAGGGAUAUGGAGCUAGUCAGAGUCUUGAGGGCAUUCCAGCUGCUGAAAGCCACGUUUGAUGAAAAGUUCAAAGCAAUGUGGGCUUGA